AUGAUGUGGUGCCGUUUGUCAAAGUUGUGCAAUUCGUUCGUACAAGGUGAUCCGUUCCGUAACAGGAUAGUGGUACGAUCGUGGCUGAUUGAAACCGAGCCUCCCAAUAAGGGAUCUGAAAGGGUCCCGCUAUUGGUGAAAGGGGUCCGCAUCCAAAGCAGUGCAAUCGUCGGUGCCCCCGCCUCAUCCCUGGGCCCCCCUGGGCCUGGGCAGGGCUCCGCUAUAAAAGCAUACCGCGUCGCCCCUCGAACACGUAGUGUCUCCCCGCGUAGCGCACAAGAAAAACUAUCAUCACACACCAUGAAGUUCUUCGUUGUUUUGUUCGCCAUUGUGGCGGUCGCCAGCGCUGGAUAUGAGAUCGAGCAGCCCUGGGCGGCUCCCGUGGUGCACGCUUCUCCAGUGGUGCAUGCCCCGGUGGUGCACGCGCCCCAGCCCUGGGUCGCGCCCCAGCCCUGGGUAGCGCCCGAGCCCAAUUACGUCAAGGUCGCUGCUCCUGUUGCGCACGCCAAGCACGUCUACCACGCGCACUACAUUCCCCAGCAGCCCGCCAUCCCAGCCCCACAUCCGGCUCCCCUGCAUAUCAAGGGAAACGACCACGUGACUAGACUACAUUAUUCCGGUCCCCAUGUUGGGCACCCGCAUCUCGUCGGUGAAGAGCAUUACGUACCCGCCCCGGAACCCGCCAUCUCCGUCGUGAAGCACGGACACGGCUGGUAAAUCUAAGGACCCCCGUCUAACGAUGCCCCCUGACUAAAACCGAAGGUCCAGAGUGGUUCAUACCGAAAUGGCAGUCAUCCCGAGUUUUAUCAAUCAUAACAAUGACAGCAGACAACUCCGUCAACGAUGUAUCUGGUUUUUCGGGAAUCUAAAUAUAGUUGCAAUACAGACAAACAUAAGGACAAGGAUCCAUUGACAAUCGUCAAAAUCAGCGUCCCCGGGGAAUUUUUGGAGUCCCAGGAGACACGGAAAAAAAAAUCGUGGACCACUCGCGGAUCGCAGACCAGGCAGCCAAACUCAAGAAUAAAAAAAUCUCGUCUUGACUUUAUCUUAGAGCUACAUAUGACACGCCUUACACAAAUACACAUGGACACGAACACCCGCGUCUUUUUCUGUUCCUCCGUUUAUCCCAACACCGAAAUUCUCGUGCGGCAAAUGUGAUAUUGAAGAAGACAUCACAACAUCAGAGAGAGCGUUUUCCCUUUCCCCCUCAUUCUCGAAUCCCGCCCUAUUUUUCUUCACUGUCUGCAGCAACACUUUUAUUUAUUUUCUAAUAAAAGUUGAUUUGUGUACGUCUUGUGAUAAACCA